AUGCCGUCGCCAGGACAUACAUUCUGCUGCUCCACGGCAGGAUUUAUCGCUUGCUCAGCAAUCGUUCUGCUCUGCAGUUCCGAGGUCCUGUCCAGCUGGGAGGAGUGGUGGACAUACGAUGGCAUAUCCGGACCUAGUUUCUGGGGCCUCAUCAAUCCCCAGUGGAAUAUGUGCAACAAAGGGCGCCGGCAAUCGCCCAUUGAUGUGGUGCCGGACAAGUUGCUCUUCGAUCCCUAUCUUCGACCACUGCACAUAGACAAGCACAAGGUUUCCGGAACAUUGCACAAUACGGGACAAUCGCUGGUCUUUCGCGUGGACAAGGACACCAAACAGCAUGUGAAUAUAUCAGGAGGACCGCUGGCCUAUCGCUAUCAGUUUGAAGAGAUUUACAUUCACUAUGGAACCGAGAAUGUACGCGGAUCAGAGCACUACAUCCAGGGCUAUAGCUUUCCCGGCGAGAUCCAAAUCUAUGGAUUCAACAAGGAGCUAUAUCACAACAUGUCCGAGGCACAGCACAAGUCCCAGGGCAUCGUAGGACUCUCCUUGAUGGUGCAAAUUGGUGAAACGCCCAAUCCGGAGCUGCGCAUCAUCACGAGCACCUUCAACAAGGUGUUGUACAGAGGCUUCUCCACGCCCAUUCGGCAUAUAUCGGUGAGGUCGCUGCUACCAAAUACGGAUCACUACAUCACCUACGAGGGCUCCACAACGCAUCCUGGCUGCUGGGAGAGCACCGUCUGGAUCAUAGUUAAUAAGCCCAUCUAUAUCACCAAACAGGAGUUGUACCAACUCCGACGACUGAUGCAAGGCUCCGAGAGUACACCAAAAGCUCCACUAGGUAAUAAUGCGCGACCCGUGCAAAAUUUACACCAUAGAACCGUAAGAACGAACAUAGAUUUUAAGCGCAACAAGAAUCAAUAUGCGUGCCCCUCGAUGUACAAGGAUAUGUACUAUAGGGCGAAUCGAUGGUCUCCUGACACGGGACUCCUGAUACGUUGACGACUGGACAUCGAUGAGGCGAGCAGCGAAAAGCAAUUACUGCAAUUGCUAUUAUUAUUAUUAUUAUUAU